CGCAUGCGCGGUUCGAAGCGGUGAGGCAGUUAGCGACCGGCAGCCUCCGCCAUGUUGGUGAGGUCAAGCUCAGCGUUGUGCAGCUUUAUAGUGUUGCUUUAGCUUUUAGCGCUUAAACUGUGCGUGUUUUCCUAAAUAUGCGUUAUAUUUGUAUAGAGUUUGAGAGGAAUGUGGCGUUUUAGUUGUCGUUAAAAGCUGUUUUGCGCCUCGUUGUGGCUGUUAGCUUGCCUAGCUUGGUGGCUAGCAUUCUCAUAUGUCUGAGUUGCUUGUUAGUUAGCUUUCUAGCUUAGCCAGCUAGCUAACGUCUUAGUUCACGAAUAGUUACCUAAAAUUCUUUGUUUUUCUGAGGGAACAUGUUUGGAAUUGGGUGAAUUUAGGACAAGGAGAAGAGUGGAGUGAACCUGGCUAACAGUUAUGGCGUUUAGAAAAGAAGUUUUUCAAGCCAAAGUCCUUCAGAGACUCUAUCCUGCUCCCGCCCCAAAGGCAGAAGUGCAGGACUCCCCGGGUGACAAUCUAGAUUCUGCUUCUAGAACAGCUAAACUGAAGCAGAAUAAAACUGCUGGUAGUGUUGGAGCAAGUAGUUUACCAGCCAAGAAGAUAUACACUGUCCUCCCGCCUCCUGAAGACUAUAGGCCUUCCAGCAGGGAUAAGGAGCUGAAGACCGUCAGCAGUUCAGAUAGGACGGCCGUUGAUCUUUCAGAUUCAGGGAAUAGUGAUUCUGCUGAAGGCCAAGACCAUGUGCAGAGGAGAAGAAAGCGAAGGAGAAAGAGAAAGGCAGACAGUGCUGGAGCUGGGGGAACAGGCAGCACACCACUGGGAAACCCAACUCAGGAACAAGCAGAAAAGGCUGAGGGAAGAAACGGACAGACUUUGGAGGUCCCUGAGGGCCAGGAGAUACUCAGCAAAAGUAGAAAGAGGAAGCUGAAGAAGAAACGGCAGAAAGAGAAACUCCGUUCAAUCGGUGUGGUGACAAAGUCCAGACCUCUGGAGUUUACCUAUAGAAGGGAUGGGGGAAAUGACGAAGAAGUGGAGGAGGAGAAUGUGGAAGAAAACAACAAAAAGGUAGAAGAGGUUGUGCAUUUCCUGAGAACCAUGUGGGACAUCUACCUUUCAGAUCGCUCCAGUACUGCAGACAGAACCUGUCUUUCUCUAAGCACAGCUGAGUCUCUGUUCACUUGUCUCUCAGAAGGUACGGCGCCCCCUGCCGCUAUGUCCGGUCUGUGCAGGCUAAGGACUCUGCUGGGCCAGAGGGAUGUGGAGCAGUUAAACACAGCGCUACAGGAGUUCAGCCAUACCUCCACACUGAGCACAGAUGAAACUGUGCUGGUCCACACUCUCUUUAACUACUGGAUGACAGAAGUUCUUCCCAUGCAGUCUCAAACAGCAACGUGACAGUGGAACACAACUUGUGUAACCUCCAGCAGUUGGAUUAUAUAUUUUUUCUAUUUUUAUGGACUGUUUGCAUACUGCAUGCUUCUGUAUUCUGUGAAGACAUGCUAAACAUAUGUAUAAAUGUUUGUAGCAGUUUAUGUUCUGUUGACACAAUCCGAAGACCAGCCUGAUCAGCCAGAUCAAGGUUUCCCUAACUUUUAACAGAAUAUCCAGUAAAAGUGCAUUUUUUUUGACAUGGACAAGACCUUAUUUGUAGGACUGGCCUUAACAGCGUUUUCAGUCUGUGUACAUAUAUAUAUUUUUUU